AUGCGGGUGGUGCGCCAGGAGGGGCAUAAGCUAGUGUGUGUGGUCACGAUUAACUACGCAAAAUAGUUCGUCAUGACCUGAAUCGGGUCGGAAUUUCUUUGGUGACGUGAAGCGGAUUAUCUUUACGCCACAAGAAGCUUUUAUUAGCACUAAAGUAGCAAGUUUGCAUGUUGGAGAGCUCGCGCAACGUAUUGCAAUAAGUGCUUUUUAAAAUGUACUGUGCACACUCAACUUGCAUUUGCAGCUGAGAUAAGUGAAAGAGAAUGAGAGCCAUUGGAUGCCUGUGUUUCCAUCAGUGCCAGCGUUUCUCCAUGAGUUCAGCGACGGUCUCCGGCUGCUCCAAAUCAUUGCGCACGGCGCAUCACCUGAAUAUAGACGCUCUGUCUCGACUGUUCUCCAUCGGAGGGCUUUGAAUAUCUUUGAAGAGCACUAUAGCAAUUAAAGCACUUGAUCUGACGCGUUUGGACAGGUGUGACUGUAAAUACAUCGCGCACGCAACUGGAUUUCCGGCGCGUUGAGCAGGAUUCAGCACCACGGCUGCGGACAGCUCCCGUUCCCCCUUGACGCGCGUCUGGAUGGCUGCUGCUCGCGUUUCUCUGCCGCUGCUCUGAUCCGCUCUGUUCGCGAUGGCAUCUCACGGGUUUUGGUUUCUGGGUGCUGAAAACGCGUCUGGAAACUGCAGUCAAAGCCCGAACACUCCCAGAGCAUGGUGUCAGGCGGCGGCCCAGAAAUUCCCCGGAGGCAUCGGCUCCAAAUUAUGUGCUCUGUUAAAUGUCGGGGAGGCUGAGAAAACAGCUCAAGCUCCAGUUAAAGCAGAAGAUGGGUCUACAGCCGAGAGCUGCGGCUGUAAUAAACCCUGUAACAGCUCCAAAGCCACCCUGUGUUUCUCUGAUCUCUAUUCAACAGAUCUGUUACCUGCGCUGGAUGGGGACGCGAAGACUAUGAAUUUUCUGCAGGAGGUUGUGGAUAUAUUGCUGGCUUAUAUAGUGGAAUCUUUUGACAGGUCAACGAAAGUGAUUGAUUUUCACUAUCCAAAUGAAUUGCUCCAAAGGAAUAAUUGGGAGCUUUCGGACGAACCCGAGACUCUAGAUGAUAUUCUGAUCAACUGUCGCGCCACGCUAAAAUACGCCAUAAAAACGGCACACCCCAGAUAUUUCAAUCAGCUCUCCACUGGGUUAGACAUGGUUGGCUUGGCUGCAGAUUGGCUAACGUCCACUGCCAACACCAAUAUGUUCACCUAUGAGGUGGCUCCAGUCUUCGUGCUGUUAGAAUACGUCACGCUGAAAAAGAUGAGGGAGAUCAUUGGCUGGCAGGAUGGCCGCGGUGAUGGAAUAUUCUCCCCGGGUGGCGCCAUUUCCAAUAUGUAUGCCAUGCUGCUGGCUCGCUAUAAAAUGUUCCCUGAGGUGAAGGAGAAAGGAAUGUCAUCCGUACCGAGACUGGUGGCCUUCACAUCUGAACAUAGCCAUUUCUCAAUCAAGAAAGGAGCAGCCGCACUUGGAAUUGGUACAGAAAGUGUCAUCUGUAUUAAAGCUGAUGAAAGGGGUAAAAUGAUUCCUUCCGACCUUGAGAGGAGAAUUAUUGAAGCCAAGCAGAAGGGAUAUGUGCCGUUCUUUGUCAGCGCCACAGCUGGCACCACGGUUUAUGGUGCCUUUGAUCCCCUGAUUGCUAUAGCGGACAUCUGUAAGAAGCAUGAUAUCUGGAUGCAUGUGGAUGGAGCAUGGGGCGGAAGUUUGCUAAUGUCCCGGAAACAUCGGUGGAAGCUGAAUGGAGUCAAGAGGGCUAAUUCCAUGACCUGGAACCCCCAUAAAAUGAUGGCUGUACCCUUGCAGUGCUCGGCUCUGCUGGUUCGAGAGGAGGGUCUGAUGCAGAGCUGCAAUCAGAUGCAGGCCUGUUAUCUGUUCCAGCAGGACAAGCACUAUGAUCUGUCCUAUGACACAGGGGACAAGGCCCUGCAGUGCGGCCGCCAUGUGGACAUCUUCAAACUAUGGCUAAUGUGGAGAGCUAAGGGCACUAUUGGUUUUGAGGCUCAGAUUGACAAAUGUCUGGAGCUUUCAGAGUAUCUCUACAACAAGAUUAAGGACAGGGAAGGAUACAAGAUGGUGUUUGAUGGAAAGCCUCAGCAUACCAAUGUGUGUUUCUGGUACCUUCCACCGGGCGUACGCUACCUGGAGGACAAAGUGGAGAACAUGAAGCGCCUGCACAAGGUUGCCCCUGUAAUCAAAGCCAGAAUGAUGGAGUACGGAACAACCAUGGUGAGCUAUCAACCGCAGGGAGACAAGGUCAACUUCUUCCGUAUGGUCAUCUCCAACCCAGCUGCUACCUUUGAAGACAUUGACUUCCUCAUUGAAGAGAUUGAGCGACUGGGACAGGAUCUUUAAAACUUGAGACUCCAAAACCUGUUAUUCUUGUAUCCCUGGAUGGAUUGAAUAUUUGUUGUCAAUGUAACGGUAAAUCAUUGAUUCCUCUUCUCCAAAGUCAUAUAAAAGUAGUAUGAUUUAAAAAAAAAAAAAAAAAAGACAAUAUGAAAAUAUCUAGACUUUAGUAUUGUAGCGUUGUUGUGGGCUUCAUGGUCCAAAGCCCUGUAAAAGUAUUACCGUCUGCUUUUACUGUCUAUCUUAGUGUCUUUAACAUGACUUUGUUUGUUUACAUGUGUUUAUUGAGAAUAUGAAGAGUUAUUUGCUUCUAUUCAGUGACGGUCCUAAGUUUCUAUUUGAACAGUUAUUCAAAGUACCAGAUUACAGACUAUAUUAUAAUAGUAGAGACAAAACCACUUCAUCGAACCUGAAGCUUUUGUAUUCACAAGACAAUGUGUGACUUUAAUCGAUUUAACAAGAUACAGGACCAUAGGAUGAGUUUUUAAAACAGUUUUGACCAACUGUAUUGUGUGUGGACAUGAAGUUUGUACAUAGUUGGAACUAAUUAACGUAUGUGCAUAAACAAGUACAAAUAUAAUGGUGCACUCUAAAAUGAUAUUGACAGGAGGCUUUUAUAGCCAGCAUUUAUAGUGAACAGUAAUGUUAUAUAAACAUGUCUAUACAGUAGCAUAUUAUAUGCUACUGUAGUUCUAAAAUUUGACA